CUUUAGUGUUUAUGUAUAUAUACUUUGUAAGUAUCCAUCUGCAUGUGUGUGUAUACAUAUUGCAAAUAAACUCGCUAUACGUACGUUCUGAGUAGAACUAUUUCGCCUCGUAGUGGUAGCAGGUACAUCACCAUAAUACGACAGGAUAGCUCACAAGUAGUGUUAUAUACAUACGUAUAAAUAUAUGCAUAUAGAGUGGAAAGCCAAAAUUAUAGAAUAAAAUAUUACAUGUAUAGUUGAGUCCCGAAUUCAAAUAAAAUCAUAACAAGAUGGCGGCUACAGCAGUGCAGCAAGAGGAAAACCAAUUGAUUGUUGAUGAAGAUGAAGAAGAGUAUGGAUGCCUACCUGUAUCUAAGCUUAAAGUAGACAAUGUGAAACAAGGGGACAUCAAACAACUCAUGGAGGCUGGUUUCCACACAGUCGAGAGUAUAGCAUACACAACCAAGAAGACUUUGCUGAAUAUAAAGGGUAUCAGCGAAGCCAAAGCAGAUAAGAUUCUUGCGGAGGCUAGUAAGUUGGUGCCUAUGGGGUUCACAACAGCCACUGAGUUUCAUCAGCGUCGUCAAGAGCUCAUAUCCAUCACAACGGGUUGUAAGUCGAUGGACGAUCUCUUGGGGGGAGGAAUCGAGACAGGAUCCAUCACAGAGCUAUUUGGGGAAUUUCGAACCGGCAAGACACAACUGUGCUACACACUGGCGGUGACGUGCCAGCUGCCCAUCGACCACGGCGGUGGUGAAGGAAAGUGUCUAUUUAUUGAUACAGAGGGCACCUUCCGACCCGAGCGAUUGCUAGACGUCGCUGAGCGCUUUGGACUGUCUGGCCAGGACGUGCUUGAUAAUGUGGCGUACGCACGCGCAUACAACACUGAUCACCAGAUGAACCUGCUAACCCAGGCAGCGGCUAUGAUGGCUGAGGCUCGGUUUGCGCUGAUGAUUGUAGACAGUGCGACCGCUUUGUACCGAACUGACUACCAGGGCCGAGGCGAAUUGGCUCCGCGACAGGCGCAUUUGGGACAGUUUCUGCGGUUUUUGCUGCGCUUAGCGGACGAGUUUGGUGUCGCGGUGGUGAUCACAAAUCAGGUAACCGCGGCCGUGGAUGGGCAGUCCUUUGCGCCCGACCCCAAGAAGCCCAUUGGCGGGAACAUCAUGGCACACGCUUCAACCACACGAUUAUACUUCCGAAAGGGCCGGGGUGAUAAUCGAAUCUGCAAGGUCUAUGAUUCACCGUGCUUGCCAGAGUCGGAAGUCAUGUUCUCGAUCGGGAAGUCCGGUAUAGACGAAGCAGUGGAGAAGUAGGUAACACUUUGAUUGAGCCAGAAUCAUAUAUAAGAGAGCUGUUCAGAGCCAGCCGUAACCACAGUCACUGACUCUGUAUGUCUAAAGCAUCUUGGCAGCAUGGGCUGAAAGCUGAAGGAAGCGAAAGAGAUAGCUGGUAUCCUGUUCGAUCGCGCCUGCUCCUGUAUACACGCGCAUAAGUGUGUAUCGCAGACGGCAAUAUAACCUCAUCAACGCCUUUAUUUCGUUCAAUCCACCCAACCCAACCCGUCGGCACACACACAGUCGCAUACCGAUUUGCAACACCCCGCACAUACAAUCACACACAGCAACACACUCACACAUGUAUAUCUACACAACGCCCUCCACACACUCAUUGCGACACCUUUGCAACACACCGGUCAAGUACACUAACUCGUAAGCCACAGUAGAGCCCACAAGCCAACCCCUGAUCGAUGCAAGUAGUGUCGCAGAUGGAGGUGUGUGAGAUGCCCAACACUUCAUAGUACAGACGGGUGGCGGAUCGAUAGCUCGUAGUGGCCCCAGUUAGAAGUUCGGUACGUAGCAGGAACGGCGGGCAGCCAUACACCGACAGGCCGGGACAUGGGGAAUGGGAGCGAAUAUUGGCGUGGUUAACACAAACUCUGUAUGUGUCUGAAUAACGGAAGGGAAGCUGACUGCCGGCAAGGAAGGCGGCGUAGCAUGGUUGGGUUUUAGGGUUUUACCAAAUAACGUACGCACAUCAUCCUUCACAUCGCGAAUGUCUGCGCUGCUGUAUGGAGGGAUAAGCCAUAGCCUGCCAAUACGUAAACGUCUACAGGGGUGCUACACGGCAUGUUGCUGAGCGAGUGAGGGUGAUCUACUGACCUAAAGUGCUCCGUACAGGCUUGCGCUGUAGAUCCGAGUGACAUGUUUCGCGUUCCGAGUAGUUGUUGCUUGAUGUUCUGAGGCAAGAAAGCAUGCAGUAACAUAGCCUUCUGUUCAAUUAGAAGGCUAUGGCAGUAAGUAUGUAGCUGGACGUUGUGGUGAAAUAAUCCUUCGGCUGGGUUUAUUACGAUUCGACGCAGCGAACUAUGUACGCCGGUCAUUCUCAUGCAGGAGAUAUCUGUGAUUGUACGUACAAGGCGGUGCGUAGCCGGAUUCACGUAUCGACUCCAGAUACAAUUACGCUCAAUGCUGGCGGCGUCAACGGUGGUGUCCUUGAUUAAAGAAUGAAUUUAGUUGGUGGUUUCAUCGAGGGAGUCACUGCUAGGCCUUCUCUACAAUUGUGUGAUUUGUAAGCGUAGUGUGCAACAUAUCCUCAUGUAGUCAGAGAGACAGCGGAGUGUGCUUGAUGUACGGCACCCACUCGGCAUGUGCACUGGAAUUACCUAGCAAACCUCUGCGGCGUAUGAUAUCUGAGAUGUUGUUUGUACUAAAUCAUACCCAAUUCACGA